UCAUAUCAGUUGGAAGAGUUGGAGCGGGCCUUCCAGAGGGCCCCUUAUCCUGAUGUGUUCGCCCGCGAAGAACUCGCCCUAAGACUCAAUUUAAGUGAAUCCAGAGUUCAGGUCUGGUUUCAGAACCGAAGAGCGAAGUGGCGUAAGAGAGAGCCGCCCCGUAAGUCAUUCCUGCACCCGACUCCGGGCGCCGCAUCCAAUUUGGCCACUCUUACUAAGUCUUUAACACCAAAUCUCAAUCCCAUCGCUCAUAAUAACGCCAACACAAUGGCAUCAAUGCAGACCUCGUUUGACAAUAAUUGGACGUCAUUUCCUAAUUACGAUUUGAAUGCAUUUCCGUCGACAACAUCUCCACUCAAUUCGUGCGGCUUUUAUAACACGAGGUAA